UGUCGGUUUGGACGCCGACUAGAACCUUUAGUUUCUUUCUCACCCGAAACUCGUCUCUAUUGUCGCCUUCGUAUCGAUGCGGUGCGGGUCAAUUUCUUGUUAUUUGCCAAACAAUUGCAAAACUUCUUUAACAACACCCCUUAAGGAACAAUUUGUCCCCCUCACUGGACAACUCAACCACUUCCCAGACGCCUCACGGGAAUUUUUCAUUUAAAACAUUCGCAAAUUCGCGAAACAAAUUGAAUUUCGCGCGUGUUUUUUGUGUUUCGGAAGCUAAUUUUUGUUUCCGGUUUCUGUGAAUUUUCCUUGCGUUUUCUGCAACAACAAUAAAUCUCUUAAUUUUGUGGUAAAAAUCAAAGAAAAAAAACUGUUGAACUUUUGCGUGUGAAGAAGUGAAAAAUAAAUUGAAGGAAAAAUUCCAAAACGAAGCAAAAAUGCGAAACAACAACUAAAACCGCAACAGUGGACAAAUAAAUCAUCUGAUUGUGAAGACGACGGUUUGAAAUAAUUUUUUUUCUUCGCAUCUUGAAUCAUCAAUAACUCCAAUAAACAUUAAAUCAAUCUGAAUUGCAUUAAAGUCCAAUAAGCAAGAAGAAUCUUAUACGAGCUUCUUCGUCAAUGUUGGAGAUUGUGACAAAUCAGCAAUAAAAAGAAUUAUGAUUGACUGUUUGUGAUAAAAAAAAUCGUGUGGAGAGCACCCCCAAUUCUCUCUCUUUAAAACAAAUAAAUAAUAAAAGAAAAUCAAUCUUAAAUAAAACUCAUGUGAUUUUUGAAUUAAUUCAAAAAAAUAAAUAAAUUCAACAAUAUCUCCGGAUCUGAAUGAAAUUUUCGUGAAGCAUCGAAAGACUUGUGCGAGACGAAUCUUUUUUUUUUUACUAUUAAACAAAACAAUAAUAAAUAAUAAAAAAAUAAUACAAAAGACAAAAAAUCUCUAUUGCUGACCAAUAAAGCUAAAAACAAAAAUUCAUCUCUAAGCAAACAAUCAUCAAUAUCAAACUAUCUUCCUUCCUAUUUAUAUAAAACUUCUCUAAUGAACGCCAAUAUACUAAAAUAAACAACAAAAAUACAAUUUUACAUUUAUGUAUUAAAAAAAAAACAAAGUGCAGUGCUUGAGAAUUCUCGAUGAACUUUCAUUGUACAAUAUAUAAGAUAUUAUAUACCAAUAUAGCAAACAAAUAAAUUAUAAAGGAAAAAAGUUUAAAAGUACCUCAAUUUAAUGCUUAAAUAGGCACACGGAGUUUUUCCAAGGAAGAACGCGGAUUUUUACUGCAUUAAAACUCUUCUUUUUUUUAAUACAAUUAACCACACGAUAUUCUUCCAUGCAAACUUGGAAACGAGAUUAAAAUUGCGAAUGAAAAAGCGCCAAAAAAUCAAUUUUUAAUGAUAUUCCAACAAUUUUUUAAACGUGGCAAUGCCCAAACUGCAAGCAAUACCUAUACUUCAAGAAGAAAUUAACGGAUUCGUUGAACAAAUUUCCUCAUUAAAAUCGCGCACUAUGUGCAUAUAGUUAUUUUAGGAAGAAACUAAUAAAAGAAAUUAAAAGAAAAAAAUAUAAAUUGAGAAGCCAGCAACAAAGUGUCUUAAGAAAUUGGUGAUAUUGAGAAAAAAAACACACACAACGUAAAGAAAAAACAAAUCCCUAUUAAGUCUCCGCAAGUGCGAGUGAAAUUCCCAAAAUGUGCUAAAUAACGUUAAUAUAAUUCAAAACUUGAUAAUUGUUUUAGUAAGAUAUAUAUAAAACAUACAUAUAUUUGAUAGGCUAUAAGCACGAAAAGAGUCGCGUUUUGAAAUACAUUUUUUUUUCACGGGAGAAGAAAAAUUUUCGGAGACAGCUCAAGUGGAGACGACGCAGUGCCAGCGAUAAUUUUUUUUUUGAGUGCAUUUCCCACUUUUCCUCCUCAUCCGCCAAGAAGAAGUGUUUUGGAGACAAACUGUGUGUGUGUAACCCACGUGGUCCAUCAUCCCCCGAAAGAAAGGAAAAAGUCUACAAGAAAGUUUUAUGCAGAUACCCAAACAGUGCGGAACGGAUAAAUUUCUGCAGGAGCCGCCAACAUUCCCAUAUUGCAGUGAUCUCUCUUAGAUGGUGGCAUCACCGUGGCGAGAAUCAAGACUGCUAGAGCGACUUUGUCAGCUGUGACCGAUCUACCCAGGAGGUGGUAGAUCGCAGCUGUGGGCGUGAAGAUUGAUUUAUUUGUUGAGACACGAAACGCCACCAUCAAUCCGGACCCCAUGACGAUGGCGGAGGGCAGUGACCCCAUGGGGCCCAGUCCGCAUCACCAUCCGCCGCCCUAUCAAUCCACAACACAACCCCAACCCAAAUCAUCACCCACAGUUCAGCCCGUCAACAACAAUCAUCCCCUGAUCAGCAAUCAGAAUGUCCCGUGGAAGCAGCGCAAGAGGAAACGACUCAGUGCUGUGCUGGAUAAGUUGCACAACAACAACAUCAUCAGCCUGCACAACAAUAAUCAGGGUGAGUCGAGUUUUAAGGUGAAGUGUACGGACAAUAGUCGCUCAAGUGAGGAGGAUCAGGAGUCAGAUGUCUUCAGUACGGCCGAUAGUCCGCGAAUAAGUGUCAGCCCCCUGAGAUUGGCUGAUGUGGAUACGCUGAGGUUGCAGGUGAAGCAGGAGCCACUGCCGAGCCCAAAUGAUCGCUACUUCCCAAUGUCAUCACCUCUAUUUGGGUACUACUUGCAAGCCAAAUACCUGCCAGACUUCUUCCGGCGACGCAGCCAUUCAGAUUCCGAUCUCCAGACGACGCCUGAGAUGAUGCUGAUGGCACAACAACCGCAGGAGUUCCCACUGGAUCUCUCCAUGAAGUCGUGCGGGAAGCAAGCACCCAGCAUUGCGGACUCAAUGUUUAUGUCACGUACUCUGGGCGCCAUGAGUGCUCUGAGUAGUAUCCUGCCACCAGGAGCUGUAGGUGUGCCCGUUGUGAAGGGUGAUGUGGCUUCACCGACAACAAAAGAAUCCGUUGCAUCACGCUACAACCUGGAUGUGUCGCCCGUUGUUGAGGAGAUGCCUCCGGGAUCGGAUGUAGCCUACGUGUGUCCUGUUUGUGGGCAGAUGUUCUCGCUGCAUGAUCGUCUGGCUAAGCAUAUGGCCAGUCGUCAUAAGAAUCGCACAACAUCAACGGACAUCACAAAGGCCUACGUGUGUGAGGUGUGUCAUCGAUCAUUUGCUCGUUCGGAUAUGCUAACACGCCACAUGCGCCUCCAUACAGGCGUCAAGCCGUACACGUGCAAAGUGUGCGGACAGGUGUUCUCACGAUCGGAUCACCUGAGCACCCACCAGCGUACACACACCGGCGAGAAACCCUACAAAUGCCCACAGUGCCCGUAUGCUGCCUGCCGGCGUGACAUGAUAACGCGCCAUAUGCGCACGCACGCACGCUACGACGCCCAACGACCAAGUGCGGCCGUUGCGGCACCCGUGAAGCUCGAAACACCGCCACUCACGAUGGUCAAAAUGGAGCCACCGCAGUUGGCAAUCGUGAAGACGGAGAGCGCCUAGAGGCUCCCCCACACACACCCCCAAGACUGACAGCAGAGACAUCCCCGCCAUCCCCUUUCUUCAUCCUCACCACCCGUGCACCACUUCUCUCAACACAUUAGGAACAGCACUGAAGAGGUAGUUUGACUGACAAGAAAAAGUCACAAAAAAUUUGAAAUUCUUAACUUAUCCAUUCCCAUUCUUCCUUAGAUCAAGGUUGUGAGCAUUUUUUAGUAGCGAUUAGUUUUUUUUUCUUAGUUAAUAGGUUUUUCAACUUGAUAAUGAUAAUUAUGUUUUAUUUUCUUCACAAUGUGGCUUCAUUUGAACUCUCUGUGGGGCCUUGAAAGCAAUUAAUUGAGAACUUUUUGCCCCUUUUAACGGAUUUUUAAAAUAAAACUUUUUCAAUGACAGGAAGCAGUUUGACAGAUGUUGGGAACUGUCAAAAUUAACUUUUGUUUUGAAUUUGGAUUAAAGUUUAACAUUCUGUUACUCUGUAUUGAUUAGAUGAAUUAUUUAGAAAAAGUUGCAAAAAAAUAUGAAAACAUCCGUAAAGAAAUAACUGAGAUUAAAUGAUUUGACAGAUGUGUCAAAAUAUCUUGUCAAUUUUUUGUUUUCAAUUUAAAAUAACUGUAAAAAUUGUUCUUUGUAUUCUUAAAAUGAAAAUAAAGUAGAACUUGCAACAAAAACAAAUGAAAAA